AUGUUACAUUAUAAUGUUCGUUAUUUUUAUUCAAAUCAAGCUGAUCUCAUUGACAUGGUGAAUGUUUAUUAUCCAUCAAUAAUCUCUCUCAAUGAACUUGGUACAGUCAUUCCGGAUAAAAUAAUUAAGCAGCUUCUCUUCUCGUAUAACGUGUAUACAAAACAAGGUACAAAUCCUCAUGGUGGUGUUGUCCUUGCCAUAGACAAGAGAUUGAAAUGCGAAUUAAUGGAUGUAAAUGAACCAAAUACCAUUGCUGCUCUAGUCACAAUUGAACGUCAACAAUUCAUUGUUGCAAGCAUUUACUCACCACCCACAGAACAACUUCCAUUAACUACAAUGUCUACCUUACUUAAAGAAUCGAAAAACAUUAUCAUCAUAGGUGAUCUAAAUGCCAAGCAUCCGGAUUGGGGGUGUCCGCAAGUGAGUACAAAAGGACGCGACUUAGCCAACUGGCUCAUCAAACACAAGUUGAACGUCCUCAAUCCUGGUAUCAAAACAUCUCUACGGUCAGAUACAACUAUCGAUCUCAUUAUAUCUAGUGAAGGUCCUGAAACAUCAGAAAGUCAAUCUUUAGUAUAUACAAGCAGUGAUCAUCUACCUAUAUUAACAAAAUUUUUUCGUCUCAAUGCAUUAGACAACAAGCUCUUUGCACCGUGCACGUAUUGGAAAUUAUAUUCAAAUAUUCUCAAUGUUCUAUAUGAUCAGCUGCAAGAUGAACAACAAAAUGCGAUGAAUGAUUCUAACAAUACAUACAAUUGGUUCCUUAAUUUUCAACAAUUUCUUGCUGCUCUUAAGAUUCGCGUAACAGUGUGGCAGGAAGUCAAGCGAAAAAGACCAUCCAUCCCAUUAUCACUACGAAUUCUACUUCAUCACAAGCACUAUCUUCAAAACCGAUUUCGACAUAAAAAGCAAGAAGAAGAUCGAUUAAGAUUGCAGUCAUGGAAUAUAUUGAUCAAACAAGAACUUCGGGCCCAUCGACAAAGGAGCUAG